AUGAUUGUGCUAUUAUUCUUCGCCUUGCUCUGGAUGGUGGAAGGAGUCUUUUCCCAGCUUCACUACACGGUGCAGGAGGAGCAGGAACAUGGCACUUUCGUGGGGAAUAUCGCUGAAGAUCUGGGCUUGGACAUUACAAAACUUUCGGCUCGCGGGUUUCAAACGGCGCCCAACUCUCGGACCCCUUACUUGGACCUCAACCUGGAGACCGGGGUGUUGUACGUGAAUGAGAAGAUUGACCGCGAGCAAAUCUGCAAGCAGAGCCCCUCCUGCGUCCUGCACCUGGAGGUCUUCCUGGAAAACCCCCUGGAGCUGUUCCGGGUGGAGAUCGAGGUGUUGGACAUCAAUGACAACCCCCCCUCCUUCCCGGAGCCGGACCUGACCGUGGAGAUCUCUGAGAGCGCCACGCCGGGCACCCGCUUCCCCUUGGAGAGCGCAUUCGACCCAGACGUGGGCACCAACUCCUUGCGCGACUACGAGAUCACCCCCAACAGCUACUUCUCCCUGGACGUGCAGACCCAGGGGGAUGGCAACCGAUUCGCCGAGCUGGUGCUGGAGAAGCCGCUGGACCGAGAGCAGCAAGCGGUGCACCGCUACGUGCUGACCGCGGUGGACGGGGGAGGAGGAGGGGGAGGAGGAGAAGGCGGAGGGGGCGGCGCGGGAGGGGGCCUGCUCCCCCAGCAGCAGCGCACCGGCACGGCCCUACUCACCAUCCGAGUGCUGGACUCCAACGACAAUGUGCCCGCCUUCGACCAACCCGUCUACACUGUGUCCCUCCCAGAGAACUCGCCGCCGGGCACGCUCGUGAUCCAGCUUAACGCCACAGACCCAGAUGAGGGCCAGAAUGGCGAGGUCGUGUACUCCUUCAGCAGCCACAUUUCGCCCCGGGCGCGGGAGCUCUUCGGACUCUCUCCUCGCACUGGCCGACUGGAGGUGAGCGGCGAGCUGGACUACGAAGAGAGCCCGGUGUACCAAGUGUACGUGCAAGCCAAGGACCUGGGCCCCAACGCCGUGCCCGCGCACUGCAAGGUGAUAGUGAGAGUGCUGGAUGCCAACGACAACGCGCCGGAGAUCAGCUUCAGCACCGUGAAGGAGGCGGUGAGCGAGGGCGCGGCGCCCGGCACGGUGGUGGCCUUGUUCAGCGUGACCGACCGCGACUCAGAGGAGAAUGGGCAGGUGCAGUGCGAGCUGCUGGGGGACGUGCCGUUCCGCCUCAAGUCUUCCUUCAAAAACUACUAUACCAUCGUGACCGAGGCCCCUCUGGACCGAGAGGCGGGGGACUCCUACACCCUGACCGUGGUGGCUCGGGACCGGGGCGAGCCUGCGCUCUCCACCAGUAAGUCGAUCCAGGUGCAAGUGUCCGAUGUGAACGACAACGCACCGCGAUUCAGCCAGCCGGUCUACGACGUGUAUGUGACCGAAAACAAUGUGCCGGGCGCCUACAUCUACGCGGUGAGCGCCACAGACCGUGACGAGGGCGCCAACGCCCAGCUAGCCUACUCUAUCCUCGAGUGCCAGAUCCAGGGCAUGAGCGUCUUCACUUACGUGUCCAUCAACUCCGAGAACGGCUACUUGUACGCCCUGCGCUCCUUCGACUACGAGCAGCUCAAGGACUUCAGCUUCCAGGUGGAAGCCCGGGACGCCGGCAGCCCCCAGGCGCUGGCUGGCAACGCCACCGUCAACAUCCUCAUCGUGGAUCAGAACGACAACGCCCCUGCCAUAGUGGCGCCCCUUCCGGGGCGCAACGGGACUCCGGCGCGCGAGGUGCUGCCCCGCUCGGCGGAGCCCGGUUACCUGCUGACCCGCGUAGCCGCGGUGGACGCGGACGACGGCGAGAACGCCCGGCUCACCUACAGCAUUGUGCGGGGUAACGAAAUGAACCUCUUCCGCAUGGACUGGCGCACCGGGGAGCUCCGCACGGCGCGCCGGGUGCCGGCCAAGCGCGACCCCCAGCGGCCUUACGAGCUGGUAAUCGAGGUGCGCGACCACGGGCAACCUCCCCUGUCCUCCACCGCCACCCUGGUGGUGCAGCUGGUGGAUGGCGCUGUCGAGCCCCAGGGCGGGGGCGGGGGCGGGGGCGGGGGGUCAGGGGAGCACCAGCGCCCCAGCCGCUCCGGCGGCGGGGAGACCUCGCUGGACCUCACCCUCAUCCUCAUCAUCGCGCUGGGCUCGGUGUCCUUCAUCUUCCUGCUGGCCAUGAUCGUGCUUGCCGUGCGUUGCCAAAAAGAGAAGAAGCUCAACAUCUACACGUGUCUGGCCAGCGACUGCUGCCUCUGCUGCUGCUGCUGCAGCGGUGGCGGCUCGACCUGCUGCGGCCGCCAAGCCCGGGCGCGCAAGAAGAAACUCAGCAAGUCGGACAUCAUGCUGGUGCAAAGCUCCAACGUACCCAGUAACCCGGCCCAAGUGCCGGUGGAGGAGUCCGGGAGCUUUGGCUCCCAUCACCACAACCAGAAUUACUGCUACCAGGUCUGCCUGACCCCCGAGUCCGCCAAGACCGACCUGAUGUUCCUUAAACCCUGCAGCCCUUCGCGGAGUACGGACACUGAGCACAACCCUUGCGGGGCCAUCGUCACCGGCUACACAGACCAGCAGCCCGACAUCAUCUCCAACGGAAGCAUUUUGUCCAACGAGACUAAACACCAGCGAGCAGAGCUCAGCUAUCUAGUUGACAGACCUCGCCGAGUUAACAGUUCUGCAUUCCAGGAAGCCGACAUAGUAAGCUCUAAGGACAGUGGCCAUGGAGACAGUGAACAGGGAGAUAGUGAUCACGAUGCCACCAACCGCGGCCAGUCAGCUGGUAUGGAUCUCUUCUCCAACUGCACCGAGGAAUGUAAAGCCCUGGGCCACUCAGAUCGGUGCUGGAUGCCUUCAUUUGUCCCUUCUGAUGGACGCCAGGCUGCUGAUUAUCGUAGCAAUCUGCAUGUUCCUGGCAUGGACUCCGUUCCAGACACCGAAGUGUUUGAAACUCCAGAAGCCCAGCCUGGGGUGGAGAGGUCCUUCUCCACCUUCGGCAAAGAGAAGGCCCUUCACAGCACCCUGGAGAGGAAGGAGCUGGAUGGACUGCUGUCUAAUACACGAGCGCCUUACAAACCACCAUAUUUGAAUCAUUUUCAUCCUCUUUCUUAUUUUGUACAUUGGAAGUAAAUCCAUAUAAGCAUUUGUGCAUCAUGUGAGCC